CAGGGCUGCCGAGCAUGAGGCCUGUCCUAUGGUAGUCUCAUUGCCCCGCACUAUAAUGUGGAAUAGGUGACAGUCGGGCUCGGUAGAAUUGCGGUACCGCACAGUACUGCUGCGGCUUCUCAUGUGUGAUGUGUGGUGCUGGAUGUAAACACUGGGGGCACCCGGAGUCUGCCUGUGGCACAAUAAUAAAGCGAUCCUCUCUGCCUGGUGUGGACCCUGCUGGGCACAGACUCUGAAUAAGUGGUUAAUAAUAAUCACUCAUCUGAGGACACCUACUUGAAUCUCCUACGCUGUAGUGUGCAGAACUGCGCUGCCAUGGAUCAAGAUGCUCAGAGAAAAGCAAACUUUUCAACACUAGUUAGCCAUACCAACGGACUGACUAAAGGUGCCACACUGGCUGCCAAACCCUCAGCUUCAAAAAAACUGAUAAUUAAAAAUUUUAAAGACAAACCAAAGCUGCCUGACAAUUACACUCAGGACACAUGGCAGAAGCUUCAUGAAGCUGUAAGCGCCAUAGAAAGCAGCACUUCAAUAAAGUACAACUUGGAGGAACUUUAUCAGGCUGUAGAAAACCUAUGCUCCUAUAAAGUUUCACACACGUUAUAUAAACAACUCCGCCAAGUAUGUGAGGAACAUAUGAAGUCUCAGAUCCACCAAUUCAGAGAAGAAUCUCUCGAUAGCUUUCUAUUUUUAAAGAAGGUGAACUUGUGCUGGAAAGAUCACUGCAGACAAAUGAUCAUGAUUCGAAGCAUUUUCUUAUUUUUGGACCGAACCUACGUCUUGCAAAACUCUAUGCUUCCUUCUAUAUGGGAUAUGGGCUUGGAAUUAUUCCGCUGUCAUGUAAUAAGUGAUAAGUUGGUUCAGACAAAAACCAUAGAUGGCAUCCUCCUUCUGAUUGAGAAGGAGCGUUCCGGAGAAGCUGUGGACCGAAGCCUUUUAAGAAGUUUACUUGGCAUGCUUUCUGACUUACAAGUUUACAAAGAUUCCUUUGAAGAAAGAUUUUUGGAGGAAACUAACUGUUUGUAUGCUGCUGAAGGGCAAAGGUUAAUGCAAGAGAGAGAGAUUCCUGAAUAUUUACACCAUGUAAAUAAGCGAUUAGAAGAAGAAGCUGAUAGAGUUAUUACAUAUUUAGACCAUGGGACAUAUAAACCUUUGAUAGCUUGUGUGGAGAAACAGCUGUUGGGGGAACACUUGGUUGCUAUCUUACAAAAAGGUCUGAAGAACAUGCUGGAUGAGAACAGAGUUCCGGACCUGACUCUUAUGUAUCAGCUGUUUAGUCGGGUCAGAGGUGGUCAGUCAAUCCUGCUGCAGCACUGGGGGGAGUACAUUAAAAAUUUUGGGAGCUCGAUAGUUAUAAAUCCAGAAAAAGACAAGGACAUGGUACAAGAGUUGCUGGAUUUCAAGGAUAAAGUGGACCAUAUCAUUGAUGUCUGCUUCCAGAAAAAUGAGAAGUUUGUCAAUGUUAUGAAGGAAUCAUUUGAAACAUUUAUCAACAGGAGAGCAAAUAAGCCGGCAGAACUGAUAGCCAAAUAUGUUGAUUCUAAGCUACGCUCUGGGAACAAAGAGGCCACAGAUGAGGAACUGGAGCGAUGUCUUGAUAAAAUUAUGAUCAUUUUUAGAUUCAUUCACGGUAAAGAUGUGUUUGAGGCAUUUUAUAAGAAGGACCUUGCUAAAAGACUAUUGGUGGGAAAAAGUGCGUCUGUUGAUUCGGAGAAAUCAAUGUUAUCUAAACUUAAACAUGAGUGCGGUGCAGCGUUUACCAGUAAAUUAGAGGGGAUGUUUAAAGACAUGGAGCUAUCAAAGGACGUAAUGGUGCAGUUCAAGCAGAUGACAACAAAUCAGCAAAGGGAUACAACAAAGGGAGAGGAGAAAAGGAGCAACAAGAGAAAGACGCAUUAUAUGCAGAAUCACAGUAACCCAGGCAACAUAGACUUGACGGUCAAUAUACUGACAAUGGGCUACUGGCCAACCUAUACACCGAUGGAAGUCCACUUACCCACAGAGAUGGUAAAACUUCAGGAAAUAUUUAAGACAUUUUACCUUGGUAAACACAGUGGCAGGAGGCUUCAGUGGCAAUCUACAUUGGGACAUGCAGUUCUAAAGGCAGAGUUUAAACAAGAAAAGAAAGAACUUCAGGUAUCUUUGUUUCAAACACUGGUGCUACUAAUGUUCAAUGAGGGAGAUGAAUUCAGCUUUGAAGAAAUUAAACUGGCUACAGGAAUAGAGGAUAGUGAGCUAAGACGGACUUUACAGUCACUGGCAUGUGGUAAAGCAAGAGUGCUAAACAAAACCCCAAAGAGUAAGGAUGUUGAAGAUGGAGACAAGUUUAUCUUCAAUGGGGAUUUUAAACACAAAUUAUACCGAAUUAAGAUCAACCAAAUUCAGAUGAAGGAAACGGUGGAAGAACAGGUUACGACGACAGAAAGAGUUUUCCAAGACAGGCAGUACCAGAUUGACGCAGCAAUUGUACGCAUUAUGAAAAUGAGAAAAACCCUUACGCACAACCUUUUGGUCUCGGAACUAUAUAAUCAGCUGAAAUUCCCUGUAAAGCCUGGAGACCUGAAGAAGAGGAUUGAAUCAUUAAUUGAUAGAGACUACAUGGAAAGGGACAAAGAAAACUCCAAGCAGUACCAUUAUCUGGCAUGAGGAUGCUGCCGCAGGUGCUGUAGUGUGAUGAAGAGCUAGAGGAACAUCAAGUGCUCGCCUAAGGUUUAUUGGCAGAGGUAUCACAGCAGUUGUUUGAAAUCCCGGCAUCAGUAAACCUUAGUAAUAUUCUAUAGGCAUUUUAGGUAAUUUUUUGUUUGUUUGGCUGUUUAAAGAAUGUUUUACUAGUUCUUUUGGCAUAAAGGCAUAAUAACAUGAUGUCUUCUGUUCCCUCAGUCUGCAGUGACAUAUUAAUUUUUUCCUUCGUAUUUUUCCAUAUUGUUUUGGCUUGUCACACACAUCACCACUGCAACAAUAAAUAGGCCCUUAAUGCUGCAAUCUUUAUUGGCUGAGAGAAGAAUUACAGUACAGCAGCCCCCAGUUAGUAUAUUCUCUGUUCUUCUAACUCACUGUUUCCCAACCAGGGCGCCUCCGGCUGUUGCUAAACUACAACUCCCAGCAUGCCCGGACAGCCAAAGGCUGUCCGGGCAUGCUGGGAGUUGUAGUUUUGCAACAGCUGAAGGCACCCUGGUUGGGAAACACUGUUCUAAAUAUAGACUUGCGACUAAACUGACAACUGCAUACCUUAGCUCUAAUACAGGGUUCCUAGUAUACAGGUUAUGUGAAAUUCGAAAACUGUCGGCAUAAAUAAAGCCGUAACGUGGCACGAUGCUGCCGGUGUUUACACCAUGUCUAAUGUAGGGUGAUCCAUUUCUGCUUUCAUGUCAUUAACUCUAGUUUUGGACCAUAUGUGAUAUAACAGCUUCUCAGUGUCUAUGUGCUGAAUAACGUAUAUACCAGUGAUUCUUCCCAACUUUCAAUUGUGAUGUAAAAUGUAAUGGCUCCCGAUUUCUGGCGGAAUCAGAAUAUCCAUAACUGGGACAGUGAUAGGCUCUUUAUUGUCCAAUAUGAAAUGUAAUGGCUCCCGUUUCUGGCGGAUCAGAAUAUCCAUAACUGGGACAGUGAUAGGCUCUUUAUUGUCCAAUAUGAAAUGUAAUGGCUCCUGUUUCUGGCGGAAUCAUAAUAUCCAUAACUGGGACAGUGAUAGGCUCUUUAUUGUCCAAUAUGAAAUGUAAUGGCUCCUGUUUCUGGCGGAAUCAUAAUAUCCAUAACUGGGACAGUGAUAGGCUCUUUAUUGUUCAAUAUGAAAUGUAAUGGCUCCUGUUUCUGGCGGAAUCAGAAUAUCCAUAACUGGGACAGUGAUAGGCUCUUUAUUGUCCAAUAUGAAAUGUAAUGGCUCCCGUUUCUGGCGGAAUCAGAAUAUCCAUUACUGGGACAGUGAUGGGCUCUUUAUUGUCCAAUAUGAAAUGUAAUGGCUCCCGUUUCUGGCGGAAUCAGAAUAUCCAUAACUGGGACAGUGAUAGACUCUUUAUUGUCCAAUAUGAAAUGUAAUGGCUCCCGUUUCUGGCGGAAUCAGAAUAUC